AUGGGUCAAUCACUUACUACCCAGGAGAAACACAACAUCAAGCGUGAAAUCUACACGCUGUAUCCCGGCCUAGAGCAGCAGCUUGAAAUGGCUUUCAGCUGCCAUGAUGUGGAAGGAACCCUUGCCCUUCCCUAUGCCACUCUCGAGCCCGUUAUUAGGCAUUUGCUGAUGCAGUAUGGAUUAAUAGAAUACGUCACUCGAUUCAGCAAGGCAUCUGGAGCCCUCGACCCUGAACAUGUGCGCCACGAACUGGCGGAAUUCGGAGUCGCCACGACAAGACUCUUCGGUGACGCAAAGCUCAACGUUGAGGACUUCAAGAGCCUGGCAGUUAUCUGGCUGAAGAAGAUACUUGACACUCAUGCAGACGAUCAAGCCGAAUGGAUGGAAAAGUUGAGAGCUGACCAAGAAGAACAGAGUGCCAACUACGCGAAGGCGAUGAAGGAAUUUCAGGAGCAGUAUGUCAAGCAGCAAGCCGUAUACCAACAGGGACUCGAGGAACAGCAAAAGCAAAUACAAGACUGGAACAGGCUUCUUGAGGAUGCUCACAAAACGCAGCAGCAGAUAUAUGAUGAAGAGGUUCGGCGCAUGAAGGAAAUUCAGGAGCGGGAGGCACGGGCCUCUGAGAUCGCUCGUCAGGAGGAGUUGGAGCUGACCCGCAAGUACCAGCAGAAGCUCGAGGAAAUCGCAAAGUCCGAGGGAGGAAAAUGCUUUGUCUACCCAGCAAGCAAAACUCCCUAUGGCGCUUGUGCCUCGGCUGGAGCACAAGAGCCUUGCAGGAGAAAGAGGAGCCACGCGCGUAAGCAAUCCGCGAAAGGCUGCUGCUAA